CUAUGAUGCCUCAAUGCUUCGUAUGGGUAGGUUCGGCUUCUCUGUCUCUAGAUUUCUAUAAAACUAUGGUAUUUCCCAAUUCCUCUCUUUCAUUCUUCAAUUGAAGUCCUUUUCACAAUAGAAGCACCUCUGUUUGUUACUAUCAACCACUCAUACUUCCUUUCUCUUCCGCAAUGGCUGCCACAGGCUUGAUAGACCGAUAUCUGGCUCUGCCAGGAGAGCUUCAAUCUAUGAUCCUCGCUUUCUGCACAAACAAUGAUCUCGUCUGUCUUAGUCUUGCCAACAAAAAACUCCAUUCCCUCUUCGCCCUUCCUAAACCAGCGUCCCUUUUCAAAAACGAGAUCCUUGUCUCGCCCCGCCACUUAGAACUUCUACCCAUCCCCCACCAAUGCUACACACACUCGUGGGCAGAGAACAGUGUCCGCCCCUUCGACAGAUUCUACGAGCACUUGUGCAGACCCAAAGGGUGUUUUCACGAUGAAAAAUUCGACUGCGAGUUAUGGACCCGGCUGCGUGACUGGAUGCCAAAUAACACACGCUACUGCGGCGGAUGCCGCCGAUUUACGAAGCGUGAUAAGAGACGGCGGAAGGGAGCUUGCAAAUGCACGCGGCCAGGCCGCCAGCCGACGGGCAACAAUUGGACCUACAGGAAGUAUAUAGGCUUCCACAGGACCUUCUGGAAACUACACUAUACCGAGGCGGACCUGGCGAAGGUGGUACGGCGAUACCUGGACCCGCGAACGAAUACUUCGCCGUAUGGACUGAGAGAACGUAUAAAGCCAUCUCGGAAGCUGAUCGAGCACACAAGCAACCAAAACUAUACCCAGGACUCGAGGGGAGUGUGGUGCGAGAACUGAUUUUACCUGAACCUACAUAUGGAUGGCCAACUGUACGAUAUGAUAUGCCCAGGGGUCCACGAGAGUGAUGACGACGACAUGAUUUCACGAACUGACGAUCAGUAUAUGACGGAGAAUAUAUGAGGGAGUUUAUGUGCAUAUUAUUACCCUAUUUUUAUCUGCUUUAUAGCGCGUUACAAGCAUAGCAUAGCGACUGGCGUUUAUCAAAAUCCACAUUUACUACUGCAC